UUCACUGUUCCGUCGGAUCAUACAGUAGAGCAGUUGAUAUGCAGCUGUGAUUUUUGGAUUAUUAAUAAUUUAAUCCAAUUAAUAAUAAUCCAAAAAUGGCAGCUUUGUUUUUUAUUGUUGAAAGCUGUGCAUGUGUGGAUGGAAAAGUGUCAAAUACCUAGAAACAUGCCUGGUGACUGUUGCAUGGAUUUUUCUUCGUUGCGGCAGAUUUGGCGCUUAUGCUUAACAACGGAAUUGAUCCAAUAAACAAAGCAUAUCCCUAGUAGCAACGCUAAGUACGUACAUUUGAGGACCGGAAAACGGAAAAGAUGGAGGUUGCCAACAAUGGAGAUCGUCAUCCGGCCGAACUGAAAAAGCAGAUGCGCGAGGACAAACAGCGGGAGGCCAAAAUCCAAGAACAGUUGACGAAACAGUUAAACGGGCUCUCAUUAGAGGAGAAAUUCAACCUGGUCUAUAAGCGUCUGGUGGAGGCGGAAAAGGAAAACAAGCGACUGGUGACUCUGCACAAACAGUACGAGCGCAGCAUGGAGGCCAGCAAGAAGGAGCGCGAGAAUAUGAUUCUAGAGCACAGCAAGGUAUCGAUGACAAAGACCAAACUUGAGCAGUUGUGUCGGGAGCUACAGAAACAGAACCGUAUGAUCAAAGACGAGAGUCUGGCCAAAAUCAAGGAGGAAGAGGAGAAGCGCAAGGAAACACAGGCGAAGUUCCAAAAAUCGUUGAAUGAAAUCCAAGUGGUGAUGAACGAGAACAAUGAUAAGAAUAUGCAGCUGAAGGAGGAUAAUAUGGAAAUGGCCAAAAAGUUCAAAUUCAUUUUAGAACAGUACGAGCUGAGGGAUCAACAGAUGGACAAGAUGAAUAAGCAAAUGGAUCUGGUUACGCAACUGAAUGAGGCAAAACUGGCUAAAGCUACAAUGGAAGCUUCAGCCGAAAAAGAGAAAUUUUUGGCUGAAAAAGAAAUCAUCAUAACAGAACUGACGAAAGUGAAGAGGCAGCUCGCCGAUCUUCAAAUGGUUGAGGUAAAUCUCAGGGAGCAGGUUAACAUGUACUCGGAUAAAUAUGGCGAGUUCCAAGACUCGUUGAAGAAGAGUCACAAUAUAUUUGUUGGUUACAAGGGAGAUAUGGAGAAGAUGUCGAAGAAAAUCAAAACGUUGGAAAAGGAGACCUGUACAUGGAAGUCAAAAUGGGAGAAAAGCAACUCGGCGCUGCUGGAUCUGAUGUCCGAGAAGCAAGUGCGGGACGAGCACAUUAUGAAAACAGCACGGCAACUGUUCCAACUGCAGAAGCUCUGUCGAACUCUUCAGAAUGAGCGGACAGCCUACUUCGGGGCACUCAAGAGCAAUAACAUCGAAGUUCCGGAGAUCGUUGAAGUUCCCUGUAAAAUGCCCGAACCCGAACCACUACCCGUUCCGGCUAAAAAGGAAGAUGAUCGGCUAGAGGUAAUGACCAAGAGUUGCUCGGCGCUGAAAGACAAUCUAGCUGCACUGCAAGGGCAGUUGAGUGCAAUCCAAUCGCAGGAAAGCGGACCAGCCUCGAAUGACACGAGCAGUGAUCUGUCACAAUCAAACAGGAAGAAGAAAGAUAAAAAGGGGAAGAGCAGCACAGUGUCACAGAAGCCUGCGACCGAAGAAAUCGGAACUGAAGAAAAUUCUAUCAAUCUCUCCACAAGCGAUUCGGCUGAUUCAAAAGGAGACGAAUCGAAGACUGUGUCUGCUGAAGAUAUUCCGACUGAGGACAUAUCCGAUGCGCCAGAAAAAACGACUGAAACAUCGUCUACCGUCGCUACGUAGGAUUUUUUUAGCUGUUCAUAACAAGUUAAUAUUCGAUUUUCCAACAAAUCAUCUGUAGCAUAUGUUCGUGGAAUACAUUUGAUUCUAAACCACUACAACAAGAAAUAUGUUGCAACGCAGUGGCUCUUUUUUAAUGUGUAUCUGAGAUACGAAGAACUUGAUUUUGAAAAAACUUAAAUGUAAGCAAAUACUAUUUAUCGAGUCUAAAACAUAAUAAUAAAACAAUAUAAGACGAAUUUGAUGUGUAA